UGGUAAAUUAACCGCGCGGUCCACAAGCGGCUCCUGGGACGGCCGGCGGGAAGGGAGUCCGCGAGGAUUCUGGGAACUGUAGUUCUGGUGUAGUUGAGCGGCCGAGGGCGGGGUGAGCGGUCCCGUCCUCUCUGGAGAGCGAGGCCUGCUGGGCCCGUGGCCCCACGGUGUCUCUCCCCUGGUGCAGGAGGGUGGGGAUAGGCCGGCAGGGCCUAGGGUUGGGAGCUGGGGAGGAAUGCGGCUGCUGGUGGAGUGCGGCGGCCCAGGCCGGCGGGUUCGGGCGGUUUCGUGCUUGGAGGAGGGGGCGCGGCAUGAGGUGCGCGUUUGUGGCGGGGAAAUGCGGUGACUCCUACCAGCUACGAAUCCCUGAGUUGCGGGGCGUUACGCGGACCUUCACUCCUCGGCCGGGGCGAGAGACCUGGAACUCACAUUUCUUUCUUGGAAAGGGGACCUCUAGUUUGGGACUUACCCAGAUUAGGUAGUGUGGGGACCUCUGAGGGCUGCUGGCCAACUGUCCAAAUCACUUCUGGGAUCUGGUGAAGCCCAGGUAUCAGGACUUUAAUUUUUGGGUUCACCUUCUCACAUCCCUGCCUGCCCAGAGAGGACGUAUAGAGAAUGAGAGGACUUCUUGCAGGCCUCCUGGCAGAAUUUCAAGGCGAACACUGGGCUGACUCUGGGGCCAUGACGUUGCCUGAUCCUUCUGCCUGGAGAGAGCAGAACUGGGAGGAGAUGUUGCCUUUGGAGAACAGGGAAGUUAUGGAAACUGUGAAGACACUGACUCAGAAUCAUAAGGCAAAAGGUUUGCCUUCUCACAAGACUGACUGGCUUCAAGAAAAGGAGGGAAAGUCCAAAAUACUGGUACCAGUUACAUUCAGGGAUGUGGCUGUGGUCUUCACAGAGGCAGAAUGGAAGAGACUGAGCUCUGAGCAGAGGGACCUAUACAGAGAAGUGUUGCUGGAGAAUUAUAGGAAUCUGCUCUCGUUGGCAGAACCAAAGCCAGAGAUCUACCCCUGUUCUUCCUGCCUUCUGGCCUUUUUCUGUCAGCAGUUCCUCAGCCAACACACGCUGCAGAUCUUCCCGGGUGUGGUGUGUGUAGAAAAUCGCUUCCACCUUGGGGAUUCUGGCCUGGGGCAUCGGGGGCAGCAGUAUUCUGCUCACAGCUGCUGGAGUGAAAACACAGAAGGCCAAGAGAGAGAAGGUGACUCCAGACCCUGGUGCUCGAGGACAGAGGAGAGACGGUCCUUACGUGCAUUGCCCAGCCCACCCUGAGAACAGUCAGCAAGUCCUGGAGAAGGCAGCGCAGUGGUAGAAAUAGAGCCCAGCGCAGCCCAAAGGGUAAACCCUGUGCAAGCAGACAAAGAAAUGAAGGAAUUAGAAACCUCAAGCUCUGGAGCAGUCAACUGUCAAGAAUGUGAACUAGACUGUAGCCCCAAAUCAAACUGCAUUACAAACCAGACCAUCCUCUUAGGGGAGAAGCCCUAUGUCUGCAGGGAGUGUGGGCGAGGCUUUAAAGAUAAGUCGAACCUCAUCAGACACCAUUGGACACACUCAGUGGAGAAGCCUUAUGUGUAUAUUGAGUGUGGCCGAGGUUUCAGCCAGGUGUCAACCCUUAUUAGUCACCCGAGGACACACUCAGUGAAGAAGCCUUACAUGUGCAAGGAGUGUGGGUGGGGCUUUAGCCAGAAAUCACUCCUCCUUGUGCACCAGAGGACACACUCAGGGGUGAAGUAUUAUGUUUUCAGGGAGUGUGGGCGAGGCUUUAGCAACAAGUCAAGUCUUAUAAGCAAGAGGACACACUGAGACGAGAAGUCUUGUGUAUGCAGGGGUCCUGGGCAGGACUUUAGCAAUUAGUCGAACCUCUUUUUACGCCAGAGAGACGUGCGGGGAGUAGUCUGUAUGUGUGUGUGGGGUGUGAGUGAAGCUUCAGAGAUGUGUUGACCCUCAUCAGGCAGUGAGGCACAUUCAGGGAAGGAGCCUUAUGCGUGCAGAGUGUGGGUAGCUGUCAACCCUCAGUGCACAAAGAGGACGCACUUAGGUGGGAAGUGUUGUGUGUGCAGGGACUGUGGGGAGGCUUUAGCAACAAGUCAGCAUUUAUGGAACAUCCAGUGGCCGACUCAGGAGAAGCAUCGUGUGUUCAGGGAGUGCUGACAGGCAUUGGGAAAAGAACUGACAGGAGGGCUCCAGAUGGCUCACUCAGGGAGGAGCUGUGUGUUUGCAGGGAGUGUGGGCAAGGCUUUUGUGAUCAGUCAGCUUUCUUCACACACUGUAGGGAGAAUCCUUAUGUGGGGAUACUGUGGGGCUGCUCCAGCCAGACUGCUGCUGCUGGCUGCAGAGAUGAAUUCCUCACUAGACUUGCUCUCAGCCACAGGGAGCUGCACUUCCCAAGGGAUGCCUCCUGGCCAACGACUGAUUGAUACGGGGAGACAAAACCCUAGCCGUUGACUCUGCUGGGACAACUCCACAGGGUCGUCCCAGAUCCCAAGGUCCCCAUGAGACUGAAUGAUCUCAAACACAUUGCAGGUCAGCUUCUUCCUCUGCCCAGUCCUGUCCUCCUUCCCCGGUAAGCCACUCAAUUCUCUGUCUCAUUGUCUCUCCAGGGAAUCCGCCCAAAGAUAUCAUAAGCACACAAGGAGUGUGGACGAGGCUUUGGCUAAAAGUCGUCCCUCAACAAACCCCAGAGUAUACAGAAUAGAAGCUCUGUGUGUGCGGGGAGAAUGGGUAAGGACACCUCAGGAUGCAUCAGAGAACAGCUUUUGGGGGAGAAGCUUUACAAGGCAGGGAGAGAGACUGGGAAGCUUUAGCAAUAAGUUACACCUUCUGGUGCAGCCGAGGACACUCAGGGAGGCCUGUGUGGGUGGGGUUGUGGGCGGAGCCUUAUUCUGACACCCCUCCUCACAGAUCACUACCUCACUCACCUGGGGGGGUUUCAGAAGUGUUGACCCCCACCCCUCCCCAUACUCUUUUUGAGAGUGAAGAUGGCAGUAACAACUUAAUAAACAUGUUUUUUCCA